UUAACGUAUAUAUUUGUUAUUAUUAUUAGUUUAUUAACGUUAAUACUACUGUGUGACUUGAUUGCAAAAUAUAAAAUGAAUACUGAAACGUCCCCAAAAGAUUGCAUGCGCUUAAUGCAAGAACUUAUAAAUGUUAUGAACGUCUCGCCUGAAUUACUGGAUUUCAUAAAACAGUUCAUUACUAAUCUACAAAAAAGUGACAAUAGGCAAUUAAUAUGCAGUGCUAUUGACAGUCUUUUCGCAGCAGAAUGCCAUUUUACAAAGGAAAAUUUAGAGCAGUUCAAAACCAAAAUAAAAGAUAUUGUUCCACCUAAAUUUUUGCAUGAUUUGGAAGUUCCAAUCGAGAAUAUAAAAUUAGUAGACUACUUUACAGUUUUGGGCGAGGGUAAAUUUAGUGUUGUUAUUUUGGGUGAUAUUGUAAAAAAUAAUAAAUACUCGACGGUAGCCGCAAAAAUGGUAAAACAAAAGUUCGAUGGGAUCUUUUCAGAAAUUUCCAACAUGAGUAAAUUAUCGCAUUUAAAUAUAUUGCCGAUUGUUGGAUGCAACGUAGAAAAUGGAAUUAUCCUCACUGAAGUAAUGGAAAAGGGAACCCUUCUAAACGUUUGUACUGUAUUUCAGACAACUGAAAAAUUAUACAAGUAUAUUUUCGAUGUAAUUAAGGGACUUCAGUACAUGCAUGACAACAAGUUUAUUCAUAGAGACUUGCACAUUGAAAAUAUCCUCGUUGACAAAAAUGAAAAUUGUAAGAUUGGUGACUUUGGAUUUGCCAUUCAAUUGGGAAUGUCAGGGGAGUUUAUCAAUAAUGAGAUUCCUUUACAGUUUUAUCAUGCCGCACCGGAAGUAAUCAACAAACAAAGAUUUUCAUAUGCAAGUGAUAUUUAUAGUUUUGGUUUGCUAAUUAGAGAAGUCAUGUUAUGUCCUGAAAUGAUCAUAAGAGAUGUAGAAAACAUCAAAACACUCAAAAAGGAGAAACCAAAAAGAUGUCCGGGUAACUUGGACAAUAUAUCUCGAAGAUCAUUUGAAAAUAACCCAAAUCAAAGACCUUCACUAAAGAACUUUUAUAGUAUUAUAGAAUGCUUAUUAAACCCAUAAAUAAAUGUAAAG